GUGAGACUCUGAUUUUUAUAGCACCAAUUUGACGUUUUUUUCCCACCUUUUGGUUUUGGGCCUCAAUCUUUUAGUAGUUAUGCAAAACACGGAGAAAAGUAGGGCGGAGAUGGACUAAGAUGAAUGAAUCACUUCUUUAGGACCAAACAACAUGAUGACAGAUCUCAAGUCUUUAACAAUUUUAAUUGGAAGGUGUAUGUAAUGAUACUCUGACACUCAGAAGCUUUCUUGCUGAUUUUUGGAUCAUAAUUUAGCAUAUAGGUGGACACAUUUCCUAUCAACUAAAUCAAGUUGGCUUAACUUAUUGGCAUGGAUUUUGAUGUAGAAGAUGGGUCUUUGGACAUUACUUGAAGGAUGUUUAUUGAUAGCAAAUGCUCUAGCCAUACUAAAUGAAGAUCGUUUUUUGGGUCCUCGUGGGUGGAGCUUUUCUGAAUUUUCAGGAGACCAAGGAAGAAGAUCUUUAAAAGCACGAGCCAUUGGGCUAAUUUAUGCUACGCAAUACUUAAGGAUGCUUUUGAUAGCUUUAAAUGCCAUCACAAUAGUGAUCAUGCUCGUUUCAGGCUAGCCAUGUUGUCAAUUUUAUAGCCAAAAGAUGAUUUGUCUUGUAUUUCAGUAUGGAUAAAUUCAAUUUCUGUAGUGCAAUGUGUCAUAGGCAAAUCUUGAAUUGAUCAUGCUUGUUUUAGGCUAGUUAUGUUGUCAAUUCUAUAGCCAAAAGAUGAUUUGUCUUGUAUUUCAGUAUGAUAAAUUCAAUUUGUUUAGUGCAAUGUGAUCAUACGCAAAUCUUGAAUAGCCCUUUGGGUGUAAGGGCUCCGAUUUCUGGAUCAAUGAUGCAAUAAUUGGAUUUAGAUGUUUUGAUUUAAAACAUAUUGGCAAAUUGCCAGUUGUGUUCAAAUUA